AUGGUGCAACUGUACCUGGACGUGCCGAGCACUCUUGAUAAGGCGGCCAAGACGUUUGAGGCGUUGCGUGAGUGCACGUAUGCAACGAAAUCACUAGGUUCUUCGGGUCAAACCGAGAUCAUGACCUGCGACUGUGGGAAAACCGCCGGCUCAGACGAGGUUAUGUGCGGCGACAACUCGGACUGUAUUAAUCGCCUUACGUCCAUCGAGUGUAUUGGUGAUCGGUGCGGGUGUUCAGGAGAUUGUGGCAAUCGUCGCUUCCAGCGACACCAGCAUGCCCAGGUCGAUGUUUUUGGUGCGGGACCCAAAGGGUUUGGUGUACGUGCUCUGGCAGACAUCAAGGCUGAUGGGUUCAUUUACGAGUAUACGGGCGAAGUUGUUGACCAGGCACGUUUCCUGCGUCGUAAGAGGCAAUACGAACAACAGGGUAUCACGCACUUUUACUUUAUGAUGUUGCAAAAGGACGAAUUCAUCGAUGCAACCCUCAAGGGGUCCAUCGCCCGCUUCUGCAAUCACUCUUGCUCGCCAAAUGCCUAUAUCGACAAGUGGGUUGUGGGUCCCAAGCUGCGUAUGGGGCUGUUUGCCAAACGCGAUAUCGCUGCCGGCGAAGAAAUCACCUUCGAUUACAAUGUUGACCGUUAUGGCGCAGCUGCGCAACCCUGUUACUGCUAUGAAGCCAACUGCACCGGCUGGUUGGGCGGCAAAACACAAACAAACGGUCUUGCUUUGCCUCCGCUUGUUGCAGAUGCAUUAGGUCUCACUAUUGAAGAAGAAGAGGAGUGGCAAUCCCAGUUCCCUAAAAACCAGAAGCGUAAAGAUCUGGAUGCAGAGCUAGCGGAAAGUUUGCCGGUGAAGCCCCUGGAUGUCCAAGACGUUUCGCGACUUAUGGCAGCUUUAAUGCAACAGAAGGCUGAGCCCUGGCUCUCUCGAAAGCUCGUUGAUCGUAUUUUCGUUUCCCAGGACCAGUCAGUUCACAUCGAAGUCAUGAGAAUGCAUGGCUAUGAGAUUUUUGCUUCGCUUUUGACUUUGCAUAAUGCUGAGGAGAAACUCGCUGAAAAGGUGUUGCAAACUCUGGCUUGCUGGCCCCAGAUGACGAGAAACAAAAUCUCAUCCUCCAAAAUCGAAGGGGUGGUCAAGGGCAUUGCCGAAUCAGCAGAGGAUUCUGGCGUUCAGGAGCAGGCAAGAGAACUUUUGGAUGCCUGGAGUGCCCUGCAAAUGGCAUAUCGAAUCCCCCGACGUGAGCGUGAUGCCAGUAAAGACGCGGCCUCGGAAACUGAAACCACGGCCAGUGUGCCUGACAGCCCCAAGCCCACGCCGGUUUCACGCAAUACACAAGCACGCCUACCACCAGGCUGGGAACAGAAAACCUCUAGCAAUCGCACAGUUUACUACAUUAAUGCGAAAACGCAAGAAACCAGCGACCGAGUCCCUGAUCAGCGGGAACUGAAGCGCUUGAGAGAAGUCCAACGCGAACUGGAGGCCGAAAAAGAACGCGAGGCUGCUCGGCAGGCUUUGCUACGGGAGGAGCGCGAAAAGCAAGCAGAGAUUUUGGACAAGAUCAUUGCCGACGCUGUGGCUGCCGAAGUAAUCAACGUUGAAGCCGAAUCGACUCCCCCGUCGAGCGUUCCGACUCCCGGCGAAGACACCCCGCACGGCAGUAAAAAGCCAGUGUCUCUGCAAAAAAGAUACACCAUUCUUCUUGCAAAGUAUGUGCCCAAAAUAGUUUGGCGCUACGAACCCCAAUUGGGCCGGGAUCGCUGCAAGCGGCAUGCACAUGAUAUUGUCCGCUUGCUGGUUGAAAAAGAGCUAAAGCGUGAAAACUUGGAAGUUCCUGACGAGCUGACCGAUGAAAGAAAGAAGAAGGUCCGGCAUUUCGUUGUUCCUUACAUGGAAAAGGCAUUAGCGCAUUAUUUAAAAAAGGGCAAGCGCGUCGCAGAUGGGAAACCGUCUGAUCUCACUGCCAAAAGGCAAAAGGCUUAG